UCGCGCAGUAACCGGCAACGAAGUGCGCGCUUGGCAGAAAAUACAGAGUUUACUAAGAAAAUCUUAAGAAAUUCAGGAUCGAUUUUUAUUUUGGAAGAUAUUUUAAAUACCGCUAGUCGAAGCUGUUCUUUUCUGGUUUUCUAGCCAGUUUGAGGGAAAUCAGCCAUUGUAAAACAAGCUGAAAAGGUCUCGAUUAUGUCGUCGGAUAACACAACGGAAGCGGCCGACAGAAAUGUGGAAAUAUGGAAAAUCAAGAAACUUAUAAAAAGUUUAGAAGCAGCCAGAGGGAAUGGAACAAGCAUGAUCUCUUUGAUCAUCCCUCCAAAAGAUCAAAUCUCUCGUAUAGCCAAGAUGUUGGCUGACGAGUUUGGAACAGCAUCAAAUAUCAAGAGUAGAGUGAACAGAUUGUCAGUCCUUAGUGCAAUCACAUCUGUACAACAAAGACUGAAGCUGUAUUCAAAAGUCCCUACAAAUGGUCUUGUGGUCUAUUGUGGAACAAUUGUUACUGAAGAUGGCAAAGAGAAGAAGGUCAACAUAGACUUUGAGCCCUUCAAGCCAAUCAAUACAUCAUUGUAUCUCUGCGACAACAAGUUUCAUACAGAGGCCCUGAAUGCCCUUCUUGCAGAUGAUAACAAGUUUGGUUUUAUUGUGAUGGACGGUAAUGGUGCGCUGUUUGGUACACUCUGCGGCAAUACCAGAGAGGUUCUUCACAAGUUUACAGUAGAUCUUCCAAAGAAACAUGGACGUGGUGGACAGUCUGCUCUUCGUUUUGCUCGUCUGAGAAUGGAGAAACGUCACAACUAUGUUAGAAAAGUUGCUGAGACUGCUGUUCAACUUUUCAUCACAAAUGACAGACCAAACAUAACUGGGUUGAUUUUGGCUGGAUCUGCUGAUUUUAAGACUGAGCUGAGCCAGUCAGACAUGUUUGAUCAGAGGUUGCAAACUAAAGUUUUGAAGCUUGUGGAUGUUUCUUAUGGUGGCGAGAAUGGUUUCAACCAGGCGAUUGAGCUUGCUUCAGAGGUUUUGGCUAAUGUGAAGUUCAUUCAAGAGAAGAAGCUCAUAGGGAGGUACUUUGAUGAAAUCUCUCAAGAUACUGGAAAAUACUGCUUUGGUGUGGAAGACACCUUAAAGGGUCUUGAAAUGGGAGCAGUGGAUAUUCUCAUUGUGUGGGAAAAUCUGGAAAUCCACAGAAUUGUUUUGAAAAAUCAUCAAACAGAUGAGGAAAAGAUCCUUCAUCUCAAUCCGGAGCAAGAAAAAGACAAGACAUACUCCAUAGACAGUGAGACUGGAGUUGAGUUGGAACUGGUGGAAAAGAUGCCUCUGUUGGAGUGGCUUGCAAACAACUAUAAGAGUUUUGGUGCAACAUUGGAAAUCAUAACUGACAAAUCUCAAGAAGGAGCACAGUUCUGUAAAGGCUUUGGAGGAAUUGGAGGGAUUCUGAGGUAUCGCGUGGAUUUUCAAUCUAUGGACAUUGACCCAGACCUGGAGUAUUAUAAUGACAGUGAUGAUGAUUACUAGCAAGAAGAGAAGCUUUCUUACAAGUGCAUUGCAUCUAGACAUGAACUAUGAAUUUACUACCCUCACUAUUAUAAGAACAGUUGCAUUGUUCAGUCUUAAUUAAAAUAUUACAUGCCUCUCCCUCACCAAGCUAAGAGGUUUUAACAGACAGUCAAGGGUCUUUAAGCAAAUCGAUUGAUGCUAACCAAGCAGACAUAGAAGUCAUUUAUGUGUGCUUCUGUCUAUAUAUGUUUGUCAGCAGUCAUUAUAUUGUACAGGACUGUUGAUAUAUGAUUGCGUUCAAAUACAGGUACAGCUAAACAGUAA